UGAGUUGAUAAGUGAAACAUGAAAAUAAUACUGAUGAUUUUACGGAAAAUCAUAUUUAUAAGUGUCGAUUCAGAGACGAAAUGAUGACUCAAUCGGUGUAGUACAGUGGCAUUCGAAUAUACGAGACUUUUGAAAAACUUAUUACGCAAUAAUAUUGGAAAGGAUAAGUACUGGAAUAAAAUCCGAACAGAGUUUAGGGAAUUUAGUUUAUUCAAUCGGAUUCGGCUGCCGUAUUACCUUAUAUAAAAAUAUACACGUGGAUUACGAUUAAACUCUCCAACUUGGGAGUGAUAACACCAGGCAGUUACAGGGGCACACAGUAAACGCGCACGAUAUCUUGAGAAGAGUCAAGUUAUCUGGCUAGAAGGAGCAACGCGUUUGUUCAACGUUGCCCAAGUACUACUCAAGGAAUGGGAAAAAGGACGUCCGUACUUUGUUUAUUUAACCAGUGACGUGUGUGUACGGUCACCGAUAGAUCUCAACAAAUAGAUCAUUAUCUACAAUUUAGUGUCUCGGUAGCAGUGAAAAAAUAUUCAAUCCCAGUCAUAGUCAUGAUUAACGAAGAGACCAUCAAGCUAAAUAAUGAAAACGCUGGAUUUGGUUAUGGAACGAAUUUACCACCAAACAACAACGACUCCGAUGGGCCGGAUGGUUCGGGGAAGAAGGUGAUAUUUUGUGUCCAUGGAAAGUUAUCCGGAUGUUGCACAAUUGUGAAAGGCUCUGCUUCCGAAACGGUGACGAUCCCGUCUUAUCAACGUAGCCCAUCCUUGUUUGAAGAUCAUUGUCAUCGGGAUAGAGAGGACAAAAUAGACAAAAAAGCAAGGAGGAAAUUGAUCAUUGCGAGUAUUCUCUGCGUUCUCUUCAUGAUUGCUGAGAUUAUAGGUGGUGUAUUGUCAAGCAGUCUCGCCAUCGCAACAGACGCUGCUCAUCUGCUUACAGAUUUUGCGUCUUUUAUGAUAUCUCUAUUUUCGAUAUGGGUCGCCAGCAGGCCAGCAACCAGGAAAAUGCCCUUUGGAUGGUAUCGAGCGGAGGUCAUUGGAGCGCUGACAUCCGUCCUUCUGAUUUGGGUUGUGACUGCUGUAUUAAUAUACUUGGCCGUGCAAAGAAUAAUUAACAAAGAUUUUGAAAUUGAUUCAACAGUCAUGCUCAUCACGUCUGCCAUAGGCGUUGGGGUAAAUCUCAUCAUGGGAUUGACUCUACACCAACAUGGCCAUGCUCAUGGUGGCACAAGUGGGAAGGAUAAUCACGCGCACGGUGAUAACGGCGACGCACAUGGCCAUAGUCACGACGUGAAUAUCAACGUUCGAGCAGCCCUUAUUCACGUUAUUGGUGAUUUUAUUCAGAGUCUUGGCGUUUUUAUAGCUGCCAUUGUUAUCUACUUCAAGCCACAAUGGAGCAUCGUAGAUCCCAUCUGCACAUUCUUCUUCUCGGCUCUUGUUUUGGCUACUACGAUGGCAAUAAUGAAGGAUACAAUAAACGUACUGAUGGAAGGAAUUCCAGCUGGUGUUGAUUAUUCUCAGGUCGAAAGUACUUUCAUGGAAAUCGAAGGUGUCAUCAGAGUCCACAAUUUACGCAUAUGGGCUCUUUCCUUGGAUAAAACUGCUCUUUCUGCUCACCUUGCAAUAAAGCCUGGUAUAUCGCCGCAACAAAUCCUUCGAACAGCAACUAGAAACAUUCACGAAAGCUACAACUUCUUCGAAAUGACGUUGCAAAUUGAAGAGUUUAACCAAAAAAUGGAAAACUGCCAUCAGUGCAAGUCACCACCAAUAUAAUGCAUGAUGAAUGUGUAUUAUAUGUUCACCAAUUUUCAUUAGAGUAAAGAUCAUUUUAAAUCAUUGUAAAAAUAAACUCUACCAUAGGUAGUAUUACACAUUUA